UCACACUACAAUGCUAUUUACGAACAUCAGUGCUGGAAUUACCGUCGGUGAAUCGUGUGAAUAUCACAUGGAAGCGAAACUAAAACAAUAAACCGUUCGUUCCCCCGAAAUAGUUUGUUUUAUUCAGUGACGGAUCAAUUGUUGAUAGAGAAAAAAAUCGUAUUCGCAAUAUUUUCGGAGUAUCACUUGUCGUUCUCGCGAGUUUAACCUCUAUCUGAUGCCACCGGGUCACUGUGUUGAAUGAGAAUGUUCUAAUUGUCCGUGAGGAUUGUGACAACAUCAAGGAUACUGCAGAGAUGGACGUUGUGCCAGGAACAGCAUCGCUUCUCGACGAACUUGACAAAAAGUUGAUGGUUCUGCUGAGGGAUGGACGAACGUUGAUUGGAUACUUACGGAGCGUUGAUCAAUUUGCAAAUCUCGUUUUACACAGAACUAUCGAGAGAAUUCACGUGGGAAAAGAGUACGGUGAUAUACCCAGGGGUGUAUUUAUUGUCAGAGGUGAAAAUGUCGUAUUGUUAGGUGAAAUAGAUAGGGACAGGGAAAAAGAUCUCCCACUGUCAGAAGUAUCAGUCGACGAUAUCUUGGACGCACAGAGGAGAGAGCAGGAGUCGAAACAAGACCAAGAUCGCCUGCAGAGUAAAGCCCUGAAGGAGAGAGGGCUCUCUUAUAUUCCAGAUCUUGGACACGACGAUAUGUUCUGACCCACGACUGUGAUCAGUGAACCCCAUUCAUAUCCCCCCCAAUUCCCAUAACGUGAAAUAAUCCCGAUAUAAAUAUUUUCAAACAGUAAAAAAAUCAUAUAGUAAUGAACGAAGAAGUUAAUUGUUGAUAUUCAAGUGAUGAUUCACUCAACUGUAAGACUAAAAAAUUAUCUGUGAAUCAAGAUGACUUACUGGAGUAGAGCGGAUCAAAACAAGAACGAGCAAGUGAAAAAUAAAAAUUGAGGAUCUUUAACAUA